ACUGAGGAGUCCUGGGCUGUGAUUGACACAAACUUUCGGCCACAAAAUGUAGUAAAGCAAGUCGGAAGGAACUCCGCGGUUCCAGCAUGGGCUUCUCCGGGAAGUUCGGAAUGGCCCUGUUGCUGUUGGGGAUAUGUGUGUCUGCAGCUAAUGGAGCUUCAUUUUUUGGAGAUAGCUACGUACAGCUUAAAAUAACAGAGACCUCUAGCAAGACAUCAUUAAGUUUACAAUUCCAAACCUCCAAGUCGAAUGGACUACUUUUCCUGGCAGCAGGUGAAAGUGACUACUGUUUGGUGGAGCUGCAGUCUGGGCAUGUACAGGUGAAAUUGGACCUUGGUUCUGGUGAAAAGAUUCUUCGAUCUGAGCGAGGAGUGAAGUUAAAUGAUUUGGUGUUGCACACAUUGGACCUAUACCAUGAGGACGGUGAAGUUACCCUGAGAGUUGACAAUCACUUCAAAACUGCUGUGAAGCUGCCAGGGCUGCUUCAUGAGCUUAACACUCAACAUGGUCUUUUUGUUGGAGGCACUGGCGGCUUUGACAAACCUUACAUGGGGGGUGCAACAAGUAACUUCCGUGGCUGCAUUGACAAGGUGGUAUUCAAUGGACAGGACAUCUUGUCAUCCUUAAGAACGUAUUCUGGCUUUAAAAACGUGCAUGAGGUUUCAGCGGGCUGUAGUGAUGAAUUUUUUGCUGAAGACAGUGAACCACUCAGCUUAUUUAGUUCCAAAUCUUACCUCGAAUUUGCCUCGUGGGAUGCACAAGAGGAAGGCUUACUGGAAUGUACUGUUCGCACGACUCAGCCAUUGGGCCUGCUGCUGUAUAGUGCAGGCCGACAAGGUGACUUUGUUGCUAUGGAGAUUGCAGAAGGAUUAGUUCGAGCAGUUAUUGGGAAAUCUGGGAAAAAAACACACCUUUCGUCACUAAGCAGUGUUAAUGACAAUAAUUGGCAUGACAUUAAGCUGCGAUUUACACCUAAGCAUCUUUACCUUAUAGUGGAUGGGGAAACAGUAAAGGUUACCCUGAGUGCUCGCAGCAAAAAUGUUAAGUUGAGGGGCCCUCUGUUUAUUGGUGGCAUAGAUGACAGCACUCGUGUCGAAGUGUUAAAGAUUGGCCUUCUUUCCUUUGCGGGGAGAAGAGCAAGGGGAGGGUCCUUUAGGGGUUGCCUGAAGGCCGUGAAAGCUAAUGCAGAAAAAAUGAGUUUAAAGAAUGUGCUGGUUACAAAAGACAUUUCAUCCGGCUGCGCAGUGGCAGUUCAAAGCUUUGCAACUGUUAAAGCAACCACAGCACAAAUGUUAGUGGUUUCAACAGUUUCCACCCGACAAACGACUGUUAUACCCACUCCAAAGGCACAGACAACAAAAUUUCUGACCCUCAAGAACCUAAUAGUUGCAGAAGGAGGACAGGCAGAAUUGGAAUCUAAACACAUCAAGUUGAACUUAGAGUUCAAACAAUUGGGUGUGCGCCCAUCACAAAUAAUAUUCAAGCUAUCAAAGCAGCCAAAGCAUGGGCACCUAAAAUUGAACACUGGUCCAGAGCGUGAGCCGAAUUCUUUCACCACGUUGGACCUCUGGUAUGGGCGAGUAUUAUACAUUCAUGAUGGAUCUGAAGAUUCCCAUGAUCAGUUCUCAUUUUCUAUUUUUACAAGCACCAAAAAACUGGUCCCAGAAUACCUGAAAGGAGACAGACAGUACCUAUUUAACAUUACUGUUACUCCAACCAAUGAUGCCCCUGAACUUGUCCUUCCUGAAGGUAAUUUGUUCACUUUGCUGGAGAAUUCUAAGAAAUGUCUUCCAAGUAAUGUGAUUAAAGCUACAGAUGUUGACACAAAUUCCACAGGUCUUCAGUUUUCCAUUUUGGGAAAUCUUAAUGCCGAUGCUGGAUUUGUGGAAAAUGCCAUGAAUCCUGGUAUGGCUAUUACUACAUUCUCGAACACUGAUUUGGAAGAAGGAAACAUAUAUUAUGUUCACCAGAAUGUUCGUACCUCAAGGCUAGUGUUACGUGUCAGUGAUGGUGAUAAAGUGAGCAACACUGUAGUUUUACGAAUAAUGGCUGUACCAGUGGAUUAUAAAGUGAUAAAUAACACCGGUCUAGUAGUGGAACAGAGUAAUACAGCCCUGAUCACUAAAUGCAAUUUGUCAGUGGAAACUAAUGCAGUCAAUCAGGAAAUAGAGAUCCGUUAUAACAUUGUUAAAGCCCCAAAGUACGGUGAAAUUCAACGACUGCAAUCUAGUGGCAAAUGGAAAAAAAUCUCUUCAUUUUCUCAACGGUCGGUGGAGCGUGAUCGCAUCCGAUACAUUGGCACUUUCCACAAACUUCAGUCUGUAAAUGUAACUGAGAUGUUCACGUUUAAAGUUAGUAUUGGGAGCAUGACAAGCGAGGAGCUAGAUUUUCCCAUUAUAGUGAAAUGGAUUAAUUUCAAACUUCUAAAAAAUAAUCCAUUAGGGAUUGAUAAAGAGAAGAGACGAGCUCUGACUUCUGAAAAUCUCCAGGCUAUCAUGGAAGGUGCAAGGAUUUCUGAAAGUGAGCUGCAGUAUAAAUUGGUGACUCUACCUGAAAGAGGACAACUUCUGCUGAAUGGCAAGAUUCUAAACCAAAAUUCCUCUUUCAGUCAGAAAGAUAUAUCCGCACAGAAAGUAGAAUAUGAAUUAUUAGAAAAACCUCAUGAAGAUACUGAGGACAUCUUCCACUUUCAACUUUUCUCCAACCAUGCAGAGUCUCUGAUCCAUACUUUCCAAAUACUAAUUAAAGCUGAUGUUAAUGCCGUUAAUUUGACAAAUAACGGUCUCACUUUGGUUGAAGGAGAAGGCGAGUUAAUAACUCGGGCAGAGUUGUAUGCAGAAACCGUGAACUCUAAAAAUUUUGUGUACACGGUUAAGCAGAGUCCAAGAUUCGGCAAGUUGAAACGGAUCAACCGUUCUGAUUCAUCUGACAGUAAUGACAAUAUAACAACCUUUACAAAUGAAGAUAUUUUAGGACAGCGUCUCAUGUAUGUGCACGAUGAUUCUGAGUCUACACAUGAUGAGUUUAUAUUUGUUGUAGGCACAGCUAUAGACCAUUCCAAUUCAGAUCCAAACACUCUGUCUAUUGUGGGAACGUUCUUUAUUACAAUUCAGCUCAGAAAUGAUGAGAAACCAGUUCGCGUUGUUGACCAACUUUUCCAUGUGGUGAGAAAUGGUCAGCGGUUGCUGACAUCUGAAGAUCUGCGCUAUCACGAUCCUGAUUCAGAUUUCAGUGAUGCACACCUGUUGUACACCCGCCGUGGUAUUCCUAACGGUGAUCUCGUUCUAGUAAAUAACACCUCAAGAAAGCUUUUCCAGUUCUCUCAAGAAGAUCUUGAACAGAAGCGUGUUUUGUUUGUGCAUAAUGGUGCUGACAGUGGCAGGUUUGUCUUGUUUGUAACUGAUGGCAAACACUAUACUUCUUCAUUACUUGAGGUCCGUGCCUCAGAUCCUUAUGUUCGAAUAGUCAACAACACAGGUCUUCUGGUGCAGAAAGGACAAGGAAAGCCCCUAACAACAGCUAAUUUCAGUGUUAACACCAAUCUUUUUAUUUUAGAUGAAAGUGAGAUUAAUUACAGAGUGUUUCUGUCACCAAAGCACGGAACACUGCAUUUGAAUGGUAUCCACACAGAAUCCUUUACUCAGACUGACUUGAAGAAUGGUCGUGUAGUGUAUCACCAUGACAACAGCAACAACCUUUUGGACAUGUUCAACUUCACAAUAAAGGUAAAGCAUGUACUGCUGGAUGGAAGUGUGACUGUUCGGAUAUACCUGGAAAGCCAUCAGCGUGCUCCAAAAGUGCUGCACAACAGAAUUCUGCUGGUUGAGGAAGGGAAACCUGUGAAGAUCAACAAAAAUAACCUUCAGGUGAUGCAUGAAGACAACGUGCCAUUUGAAAUAAUUUACAAAGUCAAAAUUGCACCAGCUUAUGGCUAUAUCCGUCGCUUUGUUGAAGCAGAGGGAUAUUAUGUUGGAACAGAAGAUAAACCUGUUCUGUACUUCACACAACAAGAUCUAAAUGAUGGCAGCAUUCAAUAUGUGCAAAUGAGUGCAAAUCGGAUAAAAGAUAACUUUACUGUGGAUGUUACUAAUGGGAUAGUAGAGCUGCCUGGAAUUUUAGUCCGAAUUGACAUCAUUCCAAAAUUGAUCCCAGUGGAAGUGCAUAACUUUACAAUCAUGGAAGGUGCAUCAAAGGCACUAACAGAGGACUUUAUAAAAGUUGCAAGUCCACACUUCAAAGAGCUUAAUUUUGAAUAUUCAGUAACAAAAAAACCAAAACAUGGACAUAUUGAAAACUCCCGUUUUCCUGGUGUCUCACUAUUAUCAUUUACGAGACAACAGGUUGAAUAUGAAUUUAUUUACUAUGUACAUGAUGACAGCGAGAGUCUCCAAGACAACUUCUCAAUAAUGGUUAAUGAUACCCAACUGAGAAAAGAGAGUUUGACUCGAACAAUUUUUGUUACUAUUACAUCAGUGAAUGAUGAACCCCCUGUUGUCGUCACAAACAAAAUAUUCAAAGUAUGGGUAGGCUCAGUUACAGAGAUAUCAAAAAGUGAUCUGAAUGCAGAAGAUAAAGACACUUCUCCAGAAGAAUUAGUGUAUUCUGUCACUCCUCCGAGCAAUGGACACCUUGCUCUAAAGAUUUCUCCUAACAAACGCAUUCUCAACUUCACCCAAGACCAUAUAAAUAAACAGCAACUUUUGUUUGUCCACAAUGGAGCCAUGUCAGGUGGAUUUAACUUCCAGGUUACAGAUGGACUAAACUUUGCUCCUCGUCAGAUCUUCAGCAUUACUGCUGGAGCAUUGGUCAUUAAUAUGGAGGAAAACAAUGGUUUAAGAGUUUUUCCAGGAACACUUAAACGUAUUAAGUCUGAAGAUUUGAAAGCUAUAACCAAUGAUGACGACACUAGAAAUCGCAUCAUAAUGUAUUCUUUGGUUAGUUUUCCGAAACUUGGCAGAGUGGUAAAAGUUGACACUGAUAAUGUGACUCACGAAGAAACCAACUUUACCCAAACCAUGGUGAAUGAAGGCUUGAUUGCGUAUGAACAUACACACGCUGAUGCCAUGGGCUGGACUGCUGAAGAUUCGUUUACCUUUACAGUGUUUUCCCCGCCAGCCUCAUUGGAACCGCAAGAGUUUCAUGUCACCAUCUCAUACGUCAACACUGGACAUUCCAGUUGUCUACUUGCAAAUACAGGUGCUGCUGUUACAGAAGGUGAAAGAGUACUGAUUGACAAAUUUAAACUGGAUGCUUCAAACCUACUGGUCAAACUUCCAGAGUCCGAACGCUCAUUUUAUGAAGUGUGGUAUCAAGUAACAGCUUUGCCUAACCAUGGUGUGAUUGUAGUUGGUGAGCGUAACAUCACUAAGCAGAAACCCUAUUUUUCUCAGUUUAUUCUUAAUAAAUAUGGAAUAACAUACUUGCAUGACGACUCAGAAAGUCUGAAAGAUAAUUUUACCUUUGCUGCAUGGUUAAAUCCAAAAAGCAAAGCUGCAUCAAUGCCCUUGAAUGACAGUGAAGCAAUACAAGAGAUGUUCAAUAUUACCAUUACUCCUGUUAAUGAUCAUCCUCCAGAACUGAAAACUAAAGCCCCCAGUUUGAAGAUAUUGCAGGGUUACAAUACUGCACUGAAUUCAGACCAUAUAAACGUUGAAGAUUUAGAUAAUCUACCAGAAGAAAUCAAAUACAGUAUUAUCAGUGGACCCAAUAAUGGCUAUCUAGCAACAGCAGAGAACCUGAGUUUGUCUGUCAAGUAUUUUACACAGGCUGAUAUCAAUGAUGGUAAAAUUUGGUUUGUUCAAGAUGGAAGCUCAUCAUCUGGUGUUUUUUAUUUUAGUGUAACUGAUGGUAAACACCGGCCAUUAUACAAGUUAUUUAAUUUGGAGGUUAUACCUAUUACGAUCACACUUAUAAACAACACUCAACUAGAAAUUGAACAGGGACAAAGUAUUUCUACCAUCACCAAUGAACACUUGGCUGCAGAAACGAAUGGAAAAGUUGCAGUGAUAAGUUAUGAAAUUACUGCACCUCCACAAUUUGGACACGUAAUGAUUGGAAACAAAAAUGUGAGUUUGUUUAAGCAGGAAGACAUUAUGCGAGGACUUUUGAGUUAUCAUAUGACUAACCUUUCUGCGUCACACGAUAGCUUUGAGUUCACAGUACUGACUUCUGAAAGCAAUGUGUCUGAGCAGGUAGUUAACAUUACAGUAAGGCCUUUGCUGAAAAUGGCAAAAAACGUUAAGAUUCCCACUGGAACCACCUGUCAGCUUGGGACAAACAUGUUGGAUGCUAGUAUGUUGGCCAACCAGACUGCAAGUAUUCCCGAGUUUGAAGUAAAGCGAUUACCAUCCUAUGGCAGACUUGUGAGACUAAACCAUGCAUCGAGAAUUCGAAGAGAAAUUGAGAAAAUAUUUACUCAGAGAGACAUUGAAUUAGGUCUUUUGUUCCUUGAGGUUGAAGCCAAUAUGACUGGAUUGGACUUAUUGAAUGACUCUUUUGAUUUUCUUUUGACAGCAAAUAAUGUGCAACCAGCUGAAGGCACCUUUCUCUACAGUAUUACUCCAAUUAAUGGUUCUGAAGUACUUGACAUCACAUUAAUUGAAAAUUCACUAUUUAAUUCACAUAUGUCAGAUUUAGCCUCUACGUCAGCACAGUUAUCACCGAGCCCUCGAACAGAGACACCCAUGUUUUCUCCUACUAAACCUGUGCCACAUUGGCAAAACCGAUCUCGCUGGGGAAAUCGCAAAAGUAACAUAUCUGCCUUUGCCCCAGAUGUGACACUGGCAAGCUUCAUACAACAGACUGCAUUAGAACAAGUCAAUGACAAGCCUGUUGCUCAAAACAUUCAGGAUCACAGCUCUCUUCAGAUAAUUUUACCAUUAGCAGUUUUAGCUCUUUUGCUCAUCAUCUUCACAAUUGUUGUAUUUUUGAUAAAACAGAAGAAGAAACCAAGUCACAAGCCUCUCAUUAGUAAUUGUCCCAAUAAUGGUGGAGCGUACAGUCCAAACGUUCACCCAGUAGAGAGAAGCCCAACAGUUCCAGCUGUCACAGUCUCCCGUCUUAAUACAGAUGGCCUUUCUGGCCCUUCACUGAUAGAAAGACAGAAUCGAAUGGUUACCACAGCCCCCAGUUCAAAAGACACCUCAACUCUACUUUAUAACUGUUCCCAGAUUGAUGCAGAAAUGGUGCAGCAUUGUCGUACGACCCAUCCAACUUUGAGGAACAACCAAUAUUGGGUUUAAUAAAGCAAGAGAUUUACAUUUACCCAUGAACCUUGCUGUGUUACAAAGAAAUAAGAGAGAGGAAUUGCUGACAGAAUCACAUUCAAUCUUAUUUUUUAAAAUAAAUGUCCAGAACAUGAGAAGUGAUCAUACAUCAUCUUUACAAGUUGCACUGCUAAAAAUGAAUUUUGAAUUUUGUUUCAGAAAACAAGUGGUCGGUAUGAUAAUUAACAUCAUUAUUUUAACAGUUUGCCAUCGUGCUUUGAAAUCAGAUACUCCUCACCUCAAAGCCAGAUUGCUGCUUCAGAGUGUAGGUAACUCAAGUGGGAAAGUUCCCAACUUGCAGAUCUGCUUCACUUUACAGAGACCUGUAAGAACCAAUUUACACUCCAGGAAGAAGGAGGAAUUGAUCAUGUUGAGGACCUUCAAACCUAGAAGUUAAUCCAAAGCAACUAUAGGGGACACGCGAGAGCUGAGACAGAUUGGUUAGAAAACCCAUCUUAGUUCUGUGGAAUAUCAUUUCAGUUAUUUCAGAAGCUGUUAGGCCCUUUUGUCCUCGUCCCUGAAGCCCUCAAAGACCUUUCAUACCCUGCCCUACCAUACCACCUCCAUUGCCACUUACCUGUAUCCAUUAUGAGCAGAGCACAGGAACCAUGUGGAGGUAAAAAUAAAACUCUCAUUUAUGCACACUCAAUUUUUUUUAAAAAACUUCCACUCAUGGAACUCUAUCAAAGCUUUUAAAUCUCCUCAAGUGACAAAUCUCUUGUAAAAAUAACCUUCAGUGGAGAUCCUAGAUCAAAGACGGUUAAUCCUUUAAUGGCUUCUUUAAGCUGUCCAUCAAACUAUGAACUGAAAAGGCCCUAUUGAAAUAAUUUGAAACUCAGCCAAUCGUUCAUAAUGGCCUUAUCACAGGCCUUGACAAAACAUCCAUGGAAACAACACAAGCAAACUGGUAUUUUUCAAACCUAUGACAGAUCACCACUAAACCAAGAUAGUGCAGCUAGAUCAUUUCUUAUCUCUUGGCAGCUUUGGUUUUUUAUGACAUGUUCAAAAGAGCAUGAAUUUGAAACAAAAACCUAAGAUGGAACUUAUCUGUCCCCCAAGAUUGUUUAAAUCUACUGCUUAGAUCUGUGGCUCUCGCGUUGUGUGUUAAAUUCUUUGGAGCAGCUAAAAAUGGGAACUGUUUGUACUAACUUAGGAGAAAGUGAGGACUGCAGAUGCUGGAGAUCAAAGCUUAAAAAUGUGUUGCUGGAAAAUGUGUUGGCCUGUUGCGCUUUUCCAGCAACACAUUUUAAGUUCAGUACUAACUUACAAUGGCAUUGCUGUGUAGGUUGGGCCCACCUUACCCCUCCAGCAAAAGUGGGUUAAAGUUCAGUCGGAAAUGAGGUGUGAGACUUCGACAUCCUUGUCCUCCUCACUCCACAACUGUCAAGCACCCAUAUUCUAUCAUUUGUUCGCAGAUCUGUUGUCAAAGGAAGUAUGCUCACUCCCUUUUUACAAAAUCUAGAUUUACUUAAUUUAGUUAUACUUGGUAAUUCUUUAAGACUCUUAAGUAAUUGGGUAAAAAUUCAAAGAGGUAUAUUUGUAAUAUUAAAUUAACAUGAUUUUGAAGAUUUAGAAGAAUCAAUCAGUGAAAUGUGACAUUUCGUUUAAAAUUUUGCCUUGUUGUCUUUGUAGUAUAUAGCAAAUUUGAGAUAUAAGCACUUCAAGAAUUUUAUGCCCUAAUUUGUUUAAUGGAGUUGAGUGGACUUCUGCAAUUUGCUCAUUAAUAUAAAGUAUGAACAGCAGUGGAAUUGGGAUAGCUUCUCUACUUUUCAUCACUAUGUGGCAAUAUCAAGUAUUUCAAAAUCCAAGUAUAGUUCAGGUCAUUUGUAGUGCAAAUCUCUCCAUUAUUUGAUUCAAUAAUCUGCAUGAACCACAAGUAAUAUCCACUUCUGCACCAACACAAAAUAUUUCACUUUUGAAGUGAGAGGAAUACAAGUAGUAUUUUCCAACACCUGAUUAAUAUAUAUCAGUAAGAAAUGAAUAAAAUGAGGGCAAUUUACUUUUGGUGUACUUAGAAAGGUUUGUUACUUUAUCAAUGAUACGGUAAUUCUUCAAUAUUUUUAUGGAGAAUCUAGGUAUAAUGUUUAAAGUUGUAUUUUCAAAUGCCUUGUUGCUACAAUUAGCAAAGACUGAAAGUUUUUUACUAAACUUGUUUCAAGUUAGGAAUGUUAUUUAAAAAGUGAUUUUUCGCAUGAAUAUAUAUGUUAAAAAGUCAAAAUAUUGGAUUGUGAUUGAUUUUAUUA